CGAUAUAAUUCAAUGUUAGCCCUGCUGUGCGUAUAUACCAUAAAUGUGAAUGGUGGUAAAGAAUGUCAAAUUAUAUCACAUCAGAUGGUGAAUGCUGAUUGAUUUAGAUUAUAAAGAAAUAAUACUUAGUUUAACCAACAGGGCGGAUGACAUCAAAAGGUUAUGGUGUAGCGGUAUGUCGAAAAGAAGCGUGUCGAAUACAAACAUGCUUGCAAGAAAACCGAUACCAGCAGGAGAAAUGUCAGGAUGUUAUCAAUAAGUUGAUCAAAUGCUGUUUGGAGAAAACAGGAGCUGAAGAAGACAUCAGAUGUUCAGCAUUUUUAAAAGGAGAAAAGAAAAAAGCGAACAAUGACAACAUUUUUCAUAAAAGUAAAAAAGAAAGAAAAAGUGUGAAGUCCUUAAACUUGCUGAACAUGAUUGCCACGUGUUAGAAAAUAAAAUUAUUAAAUUCGUUUUGUGGAAAAACUUAAACAUUACAUAUUUGCUUUAAAUGAUUUUCACGGUUGCGAUGUCAUGGAAUGCACAUGGAAUGUAUUAGUCAUUUUCUUCAGGUGCUGUAUUUUUUAAGAGAGUGCUUUCUUUAUCUCAGAAGCAGACAUAUGUGACAGCUCACAACCCCAAAACUCGGCAUUCACGUUUUUUAUCAGGAACCCUAUAUGAAUCAAACCUUCACAAACUUCGUAGCUGGUUGGUUACCACCUUUUUGUGUUUACUGACAGAGUACUGACAUGUAAAACCCUACCUAAAAUUUUUAAUAGUAAGAGUAGUAACCUCAACACACACAAAAAGAUUAUCCUCACAGCACAUGUUGCUUCUCAACAAACCGUCGACACAGGCCAACCUAAAAGGUUACUAAGUGAGAAAAAAGUGUCCAAAUUUGACCCCCCCGCAAAGUGUGUGUAGGGUGAUACAUUUUCUUAGUAAGAGUUCUUGCGAGUCAGUGUCAUUUUUUAUACAAAUAUUCAAUUAUCCUUGUUGUGUAUAGUGUUGUUAUUUUUCAUUUUUGCGGAGACAAAAAGUAAACUUUGAAUUAAAACUGUUUGUUUUGUAAAUAUGAUAUUUAAAUUUAGACACUCAUAAUAUAACGUUAGCUAUUUGUAGACUACCUGCCACAUUUUUUUGACUCGAGUAUACACUGGCUUUGUUGAUUUUCUUAAGCUUUUAUUAUUUCGGACAAAAUUUGUCAUAAUUUGUGUGGUCUUGUUUUACCUCUAUAUUCUGAUAAAAUAGUUGCUCGUCAUUCAUGAAGUCCUAUUAUAUACACCACCAUGUUUCCAUUUAACUGCACUUUCUGUUAUGGCGCAUGCGCACUCAGACAAAAUUUAUUUUAACUGCACUGGUAAUAAAUAUGUGCUAACAUAUUUUUGAACCUGAAUUUUUGCGUGGUAUUCUAACGACGACGGUUUGAUACGGCUGAUUUUUACAAGUGGUUUACUGUUUCAAGAUUAUUGAAAAAAAAAGAAACAAUAGAGUAGACUGAAUACCUCGUGUUUUACUAAUUUGUUGUAUAUAUAUAGACUAUAAAAAUGAUCAUUCUGGACUAAAAUAUGGAACACUUUCUGUGGAUUAAUGACACCGUUCCUCCCCCAUAUCGAAGUUUUGUGAAGAUAAACCAUCAUGGUAGUUGGACGGCGAAAGUGAAACGAUAUCGUUUAAAUAGUGUUGGUACUGUGUACCAGUAUGCAGACUACCCGAUUCGUCCAAACGAACAUCGAAAUGGUAAACAAACGAAAUCAAGUAUACUUGCUAACUUAACAAGAGCAAAAUCAGCUAGUAACAUUUGCUGUCGAGAUUCAUGGAUUGACAAUAGAAGAAGAUUAUGUGAAAUUCGUUGUAACUAUAAAGAUAUAUCUGCGUAUGCGCAACCUAUUCCAAGGUAUAAAAAUACGAAGCUAAAUAACCAUGAAAUAAUCAAACGGUUUUUGUCCGGUACGUCAUCUUCACUUGAGAAUAAACAAUCCUUACUGCAGAAGCGAUCUGCUUCGAAACAACAACAUGAGCAUAAGAGCCAGUUGUCAAUCAAUGGAGGAAAAAUACUAUGCACGAAAUCCCAAGGAGUUAACACAGAGCGUAAAUUUACAGUCUGAUUUCGCAACAUGGUGCAGAAUACAAACAUAUCGUUACCAGACUUUUUUUACAAAGUAUGCAGGACAGCACAAUGUGCAAAUUUGACUUAAAAGAUAACAGUAUAUGACCUAGUGUGUGUGUUUUGUAUUAACUACUAUUUUUAUCCGAUUUUAUAUGAAAAUAUUUACGCCAACUGUGUCUCUGUAGAGAAAAAUCUUCUUAUUAAAUACUGCAAAACCUGUUUUACAUAAAAAGACCCAUUUUAAAACUUUUUUUAGCGCUCUCCCACUAGUGCGAACGAGUUGAAUUAUUUUUACAAUUAUUAAUGGGAAUAUUAAAACGUUGUCUUUAUUUCACUAAAAAGUCUAAACGAUGGUGUGACACAACUUUUCUUCACUAAACAAAACACAGAUGUAACAUUUGUAUUUAUUUCCAUGCGAAGUUGUGAAACUCAGAAAUAAUGCCUGUAAUUUUAAAGAGUAAUAAUUUUGCGGCAUGUAAUGCAAGCCUUAACUUAUCGUAAAGUUUAACACGACAUUGUCAAGUUGUUAUAAAUAAAAAAUUGUACAUUUUUUAACAACACGUGAAUAACAACAUAGCGUUUUCACCUUUUUAAACUUUUUGUACACUAUAAACAAGUAAUUUAUUUUUCGUGUUUGUAUUGUUUUAAACAUGUAAUGUUUUUAUUUUUCAAGAGAUUAUUUACAUUUCA